CCGCCAUUUUGUCCCGGUCUUUUUUUUCCUCUUACGAAACAGCAAAUUUACGGGCGAUAAACUAACAUUUAUCUGACCGUAAGCAUGACUGAGAGCUCGUCUGCAUCGGAUACGAUUUCAAUGGAAAUUCCAGAGGGAGCAGGAGUUCGUAAACUCUCCGAACUAAGAGUUAUUGACCUGAAAGCCGAAUUGAAACGGCGAAACCUCGACGCGAGCGGUAAUAAGAGUAUGCUGUCGGAGAGGCUGAAAAAGGCAAUUGAAGAAGAAGGUGGAAAUCCUGAUGAAGUAGUAGUUUUUCUGGAUACAGCCCCUAAGAAGACACCAAAGCGCACUGCUAAAGGUAAAAGACAGGAGAACGAUGGCUCUGAAGACUGCACUAUUGAAGAGGAUUCUGGAGAUGGACAGGAGGACCCUGAGUUGAACCUGGAUAGUCUUAAUGAGAUGGACAUCAUGGACAUGAGUGUGCUGGAUGAAGCAGAGAUUGACAAUGGGAUUCCAGCAGACUGUGAGGAGUAUGAUGCAGAUGAUAUCCUGGACUCACUGUCUAAUGAAGGCAACACUGAGGCAUCACAAGAGGAGGAGCCCACUAAUGAUAAUACAGAAGAUUCUGGCUCUCCUGACCCAUUGUCUGGAGUCAAGCUCGAGGAGAUUAUGGACACUGAAGGUGUUGACCUUGACGCUCAAGAUGAUGAUUUAAAGUGCCCAUCUAAUGAGGAGCUGGAGCAGGAGUGUGAAGACCUAAAAGAUGAAAGAGAAAAUGAGAAAAUAGCCGGGUCUUGUAAAUCUGAGCCGCUUAAAGAAGAACGCCUGGAACAGCCAUCUGAAGAAGAUCCAACUGCCGUCGAGGGUUCUCUAAACAUGCCGGAGGAAGACCGUGUGUCCGUCGCUGCUAAAGCUGAUGAUGCCCUCAAUUUGGAGAGUGAAGCGUCGACUAGCGAACUGGAAAAGAGCGAAUUGAAUGAAAGCAAUGAAAAAUCAAAAGACCAGGGCAAGCAAGAGGCCCAGGAGGACGUUAUGGACUCGGACAAUGCGUGCACUCAGGCUGCUAGUUUAAAUGAGCAGGGUUCGAAUGAAAGCAAAUGCGCUGUUGAAUCAGAAAUCAAGUCAAAACCAGAGAAUGAGGAAGAUGGAAAGAAGACAGAAGAGGGUGCUGGGGAAUCAACGGCAGCGAAAGAGUCCCCUUCUGUUGAGGGUGAUGAUCAGAAAAAGAGCACGGAUGAGGAAAAAGGUAAUAAGCCUGAAUCAAAAGAUGAAAAAGCUCCAGCAAGUACUACUGCAGCCAAUAGUGGAAGGAAUUUAUGGGUUAGUGGAUUGUCCUCAACCACCAGAGCGACUGAUCUGAAGAACUUGUUCAGCAAAUACGGAAAGGUUGUGGGAGCCAAAGUCGUGACAAAUGCUAAGAGUCCAGGAGCACGUUGCUAUGGAUUUGUCACCAUGUGCUCUACUGAGGAAGCCACCAAGUGUAUUAGUCACCUACAUAGGACGGAGCUGCAUGGGCGAAUGAUUUCAGUGGAGAGGGUUAAAAAUGAACCUGCUGGAAAGAAGCCUCCUGAGAAAAGUGAAGCCAAAAAGUCUGCCAAUGACAGGCGCCACUCUUCAGAAUCCAAGUCAGAAAAGUCUGAUGCCAACAAGGAUGAAAAGUCAGAAGCUGCAGAAGCAGCAAAGGAUGGCAAAGCGCGUGGGGCAGAAAGGACAGUAGUCAUGGAUAAAUCCAAGGGAGAACCUGUCAUCAGUGUCAAGACAAAAAGCAAAGAGCGAAGCACAAAGAGCCGAGACCGUAAAUCUCCCAGCAAGGAGAAGAAAGACAUCCUUUCCUUUGACCAGAUAAAGGAGCAACGAGAACGAGAGCGCCAGAGGCAGAGGGAGCGUGAGAUCCGAGAAGUGGAACGACGAAGGCACUCUGGUGAACGGGAUCGAGACCGGGACAGCCGUGCUGAGCGAGAGCGGAUCCGCCUGUUCCGAGAGAGGGAGGAGCGUGAGCGCCUGAUGCGUAAGCGCAACUGGCUGGAGGUUGAAAAACAGCGUUUGGAUGCAGACCGAAUGGAGCGGGAGUUCCUCGAGCGGGAGCGCAUGCGUGUAGAAUAUGAGCGCCGCCGUGAGCAGGAGCGCAUCCACCGAGAACGUGAGGAGUUGCGCCGGCAGCAGGAACAGCUACGCUUUGAGCAGGACCGUCGACCCCUCAAGAGGCCCUAUGACAUGGACAGCAGGAAGGAUGACUGGCAUGACAAGCGGUUUGCGAUGGAUGAGCGCUAUGGACGAUCAGAUUUUGGACGACCGGACCGCUACCAGGACUUUGACCACAGAGACCGUGGCCGUUAUCAUGACGAUAUCCUCAUGGACAGGAGGGAUGCAUCACGAGGAAUGAUGGGAGAUCGAGAUGGCCAGCACUUUGACCGCAGUGACAGGCAUGGCAGGGAUUCUCGAGACACGUGGGGCGGAUAUGACAAGCGGGGCCUUCACCCAAGAGAUGGCCGUGACUGGGACUCGGGGAGAAAAAUGGACGGGGACAGACCUUGGCAAAGUGGUGAUCGAGGAAUGCCUGGACAGGGCCACAUGGGGAGGGGAGGAAUGCCAAGUCGUCGUGGCUACAUGCAAGGUGGAGCCUCACAGGGCCUGUCUGGGGCCUUGAACCGACAGAACCAGAUGAUGCAAGGCAGCGGGAUGCAGGGUGGGGCCUUUGGUCGCCGUUACUAAUUUUUUUCAAACAUUUUGUGUCCUACUUUAAAUUUUAGUGUUUCUUUUGGCUGCGUAAAUAUUGCUUCUGAAGCUUCAUGAGUUUUUUUUUAAAAAAAUACUUUGGUACACUUUCACUGUAGUACAGCCAAUGUAUCAAGUUGUUUAAUUUUUAAAUGAUUUUUUUCC